AUGGAUACGGACCAACGAGUCGUUAUCAUUGGAGCUGGAGCCUUCGGUCUCGGUACGGCGCUGAGACUAAAGGAAGAAGGCUACAAGUCAGUCACCAUCCUAGACCGCUCAGUGCCUCCAGUCCCUGACGGAUCGAGCAACGACAUCUCCCGCAUUAUCCGAUUCGAUUACGGAGACCCCAUCUACGCUGAGAUUGCGAAAGAGGCAUUCGACCUUUGGCAGACCGGGGAUUAUCAAGAAGCCUUCCAUCAGACUCCCUGCUUAUGGGUCUGUCAAGAUGGCACCCCAGAGCAGCCCGUGCAGCCUCGAGCACAGGAGUACAGCUGCAAAACAAAGCAAGUCUUGACUGAGAUGGGACAAGAAUGGGUUCCGGUCGGCAGUGUAGAAGAGGCGAAACAGCAUUUCCCCAAAUUGAGUGGCCGACUAGCCACUCCUGGGUUUGACGGGUUCUACAACAAAUCCGCUGGCUGGGCGGAUGCUGGCCUUGCCUGCGCUCGUCUGAUGUCCCGUUGUGCUUCAGCAGGUGUAUCGUUCAUCACAGGUCCGAAUGGCCAUGUUGAAGAAUUCGAAAAGCGGCCGGAUGGAACGAUCAAAUCUGCCCGUACCAAGAACGGACGGGUUGAGGGCGACCAAUUCAUCGUCGCCACUGGUGCAUGGACUGCGAGUCUAAUCCCGGCUUGGAACUCAAUGCUUGCUGCUGGACAGGUUGUUGGGUAUCUGCGCCUUACCCCAGAGGAAGUCACCCAGCUCAGGGAUCUGCCUAUCUACUUCAACUUUUCGACUGGUUUCUUUGCUUUCCCUCCUCACGAGCCAACUGGAUACCUGAAGGUUGCCUGUCAUGGUUUUGGUUAUACCCGUGCAGAGCACUCGGUCACAUCUGCACCGCCUAGUUCAGCAGUUACUUCGCGGGCGAAUUACAUCCCCGCCGACGGAUUGAAGCGUCUGACAUCUGGGUUGAUGGACCUUUUCCCCCAGCUGGCACCAAGGGGCUUUGAAAAGGUGGGAAUCUGUUGGUACAACGACACUCCGACCGGGGAUUUUAUCUUUGAUUUCCACCCAGAGCACAAGAACUUGUUCAUUGCUACUGGAGGAAGCGGACACGCUUUCAAAUUCCUACCUGUCAUUGGAAACUACAUUGUAGGAAGCUUCCAACGCAAGCUUUCGCGGGAGUUACUUGAAAAAUGGAAGUUCCCUACCCAAUUCAGUGAGCGUUUCCAGGGAGAAGUAUUCAUGGGAGAUGGAAGUCGUGGAGGACCAGAGCGAAGGGAGUUGACUGCCCAAGAGCUCGACGCAUUUGACACGGCAUUGAAAGCUGCUUCAUCCCGACCAAGCAAGAUUUGA